CUCGUGAAUUGGAUGAACAGAACCUGGAGCAGAGGAGAGGAGGGAGAAGAAAUAUAUGGCAAUCGCUGUUGAGCGAGAAGAAAAGGGUUUCGGAGUUUGGAACUGUGAGAAAUUAAGAGAGAUGUGUUUGGAUUGUGGAAUAAUCGGUGAGGUGAAUCGUUGAAUUGAAUGCGAUAUUGAGUUUUUGGUUUAGAAAUGAACAAAGACGAAGGCGAUCGGAGCGAAAACAAAGCGGAAGAUAUCAAGCUUUGGGGAGUUUUCCUCUUCGGAUUAGUCGGCGCCGCCGUCACCGCCUUCUCCCUGUCCAGGUCGCAGUUGAAAGGAGGGAAUAGCAGUUCUUUCCGAUCUACAUUUCAAGAAGAAGCGUGGAAGAGGUACAAUAAGCGACUGCAAGAAGAAUAUGAGGAGGAGAUGGAGAGAGUGGAACGAAUAAGGCGUAUGCAAAGUGUGUUUAAUAGAGAAAGGGAUAAGCAAAGAAAAAGCUAUGAGAGCUGGAGGGCAAAUGGUUCUGGUGCAUAUCAUCAGCAUUUCCAAAGAGAUGAUUGGUAUUGGAAGGCGGAAGCAUCCUUCAGAGAGCAGUGGGCCAAUCAUCAACAUACUCCUAGAGAGAGCGGAAACUAUGCGUUAUCACAUCACUACUCAGUUUUGGGUCUUGACAGGUUUAGAACAGCUCCAUAUACAGAUGCGGAGAUUAAGACAGCAUUUAGGACCAAGGCAAAGCAGUAUCAUCCUGAUCAGAACCAGGAUAAUAGAGAAGCUUCUGAGGCCAAGUUCAAAGAAGUAAUUUGUUCAUAUGAGGCCAUACAACAGGAAAGAAAGAACCAGAAUCUGUAAUUGGCUAAUUGCCCAACUCUGCCCGACAAUCCUGUAACCUUGAAGAGGUGAGGUUAAUCAUUAAAGGUCCUCUUUAACUUCAUUCAAUAGAAUUAUCAUCCAGCUAAAAUGUUAUUCUGCUGCUAGUAAAUUUUGGGUAAUUAUCUCAUCAUAAACUAAUAAUGGUGUUGAUUUGUUGUAUAUAAAGCUGUUAUCCCUGGAUGUAUUGAAUUUUUUUUCUGGGAAAUGGAUUGAACAGAUACAUAUUUUAAGGUGGUUUAAGUAGAUUCCGGGGUGUUUACUUUUACACAGUUAGUUCAUUUGCUGAACACUGUUGAGACUUCUCAGAUAAAUUCUUCUGUAAACUUGUU